AUGCGCGGCUGGACUUUGGAGGAGAUGGUAGAAGAAGCUCUGCUGGUCUGCGGCUCGUCACUCACGGUUUACGUGGCAGAGGAGAAACCUGUCUCACCUCCCGCGGUGGCGGCCUUCAGCUCGCCCCUGGCUCUUCCUGUCAUACCAGUCCCACCUGUCAACGAGGGUGUGGAUGGAUUAUCUGAAGUGAUGGCUGGAUCCUUGGCAACCCCGAAAGCUUUCAGAGGUCAUGUGACCAUAUGGGGUUGUGCCUUUGGAAACUGCAUCUACUUCAACUACAAAUGGGGUAUUGGGUUUAGGAUGGUGCAGUAUGGGACGGAGGUGAAACAGGACUUCAGGUUCUUGAAGGCCUGGAGGGCUGUUGUAGACCAACACAGUCUGGUGCCCCCUCCCUUCAACAUAGAUGUCAGUGGAGUGGUGACUGUGUUGACCAUCUGGAUUACGCUAAUCUCCAGGGCAACGGCUGAUCUGAUUUGUGACACUCUGCUCCUACUCUCCACAAAUCUUACAGCACGCACUUUGAUCCUGUGGAAUCAGACGUCCAGUCCGACCACCUCAUCAGGUCUGUUCUGUAACACUUCAAUAGAUGGCAUCGGAACGUGCUGGCCCAGGAGUAGUGCUGGAGAAGUGGUGUCUCGUCCCUGUCCGGAGACCUUCCUAGGGGUUCGAUACAACACCACCAAUAAUGUAUACAGAGAAUGUCUUACCAAUGGAACUUGGGCGAAGAAGGGCAACUACUCCCAGUGUCAAGAAAUCCUGAAUGAGGAGAAAAAGGGCAAGCUACAUUACCACAUCGCAGUCAUCAUAAACUACAUGGGACACUGUAUUUCUCUGGGAGCGCUGCUGGUCGCCUUCAUCCUCUUUAUGAGACUCAGAAGUAUCCGGUGUUUGAGAAAUAUCAUCCACUGGAACCUGAUUACAGCAUUUAUCCUGCGGAAUGCCACCUGGUUCGUAGUGCAGCUCACCAUGAAUCCAGAGGUGCAUGAGAGCAACGUGAUCUGGUGCAGGCUGGUCACAGCAGCAUAUAAUUAUUUCCAUGUUACAAACUUCUUCUGGAUGUUUGGAGAGGGCUGCUAUCUGCACACAGCCAUAGUGCUGACCUACUCCACCGAUAAACUGAGAAAGUGGAUGUUCAUCUGCAUAGGCUGGUGUAUUCCAUUCCCCAUUAUUGUUGCAUGGGCCAUUGGCAAACUAUACUACGACAACGAAAAGUGCUGGUUUGGGAAGCGGGCCGGCAUUUACACUGAUUAUAUUUACCAGGGUCCCAUGAUCCUGGUGCUACUGAUUAACUUCAUUUUUCUCUUCAACAUUGUAAGGAUCCUAAUGACUAAACUGAGAGCCUCCACCACUUCAGAAACUAUUCAGUACAGGAAAGCAGUGAAGGCCACACUGGUUCUUCUGCCUCUCCUGGGUAUCACCUAUAUGCUCUUCUUCGUCAACCCUGGCGAGGAUGAAAUCUCACAGAUCGUCUUUAUCUACUUCAACUCUUUCCUAGAGUCUUUUCAGGGUUUCUUUGUGUCAGUGUUCUACUGCUUUUUGAACAGUGAGGUUCGCUCAGCCGUUCGUAAACGGUGGCAUCGCUGGCAGGAUAAGCACUCCAUUCGCGCACGAGUGGCACGGGCCAUGUCUAUUCCCACAUCUCCAACGCGGGUUAGUUUCCACAGCAUCAAGCAGUCGUCUGCCGUCUGA